AAGUUCAAGGUUGCGCUGCCAGCUUUCAGGUGUUCGUAAAUUCGCAUGAUUCAACUUGAUUCUCAAUGUGGGUUAUAUACUAAUGAUGGAGUUCGAGAGACUAUCGGAAAAUAUAUCUGAACAGCUUGUUCAGAUGACGAAGUCGUUGCGGUCUUUCCGAGAUCGUUCACUCUUCACUGAUGUUAUAUUAUGUGCUGGUGAUGAAGAACUCCCUUGCCACAAGGCAGUACUAGCUGCUAGUUCAACAUAUUUCUUAGCCAUGUUUUCAUCACCUUAUAAAGAACAACAAACAUCUCGAGUUAAGUUAGAUUAUAUUUCUCCUUGGGCUCUUCGUCGUUUGCUUGAUUUUGCAUAUCUUGGUUGCUUAGAAAUUACAGAAGCCACUGUACAAGAUAUAUUUCUUGCUGCUAGUUUACUUGACUAUCCAAUAGCUAUCAAAUAUUGUGUUGAAUUCAUGAAGAGUCAUUUAGAUGUUACAAAUUGUUUAGGUAUCGAGGCAUUGGCUGAAAUGCACAAUAUUACUGAUUUAGCUCAAUCGUCUCAUAAAUUGGCGGUAGAAAAUUUCUCAAGCUUACUAAGAGAAUCUAACGAAUGGACCAGUUUGCCUAUUUCGACUGUCAUUUCAUAUAUCUCUUCAGAUGAUUUGGAUGUACCUUCGGAACAAUUUGUAUGGGAUGCUUGUAUUAAUUGGGUCGACCAGUCUUCUGAAACACGAAUUGUCUACCUCCCUCAACUACUGUCACAUAUUCGUUUGAAAUAUUUGGAAAAAGAAAUGUUGGAAAUUCAAUUACAAGAAAAUCCUUUAAUUAUUGAAUGCAAAAUUGCUCAGAAUAUCAUCAGAUAUUUUCUUCACAACGCUUAUAACGGUGAUGAUAAUCCAUCAAUGUAUGUCAACAAUUUACCAGCUCGCCUAGCUACACUGAAACAUCCUACGUUAGUUGUUUUAGGUGGUCUCAAUACAUGCAUUUUAAAUUGUAUGCAGUCAUUUUCACCAUCUAGAACAGUAUGGCAUACUUGUCCUUCUAUGCCCGUGGAUAGUUUAGCGUGGUUCUCUGUGUCUGUCAUUGCAAAUACUCUAUUUGUUAUUGGUGGAAUUAAAGCCGGUACACUCAUGGAUUCAGUGUAUGCGUAUUCACCCGUUCGAUCUUCAUGGAGUCAACGCAAAUGUAUGCCGCAGGCGAGGGCUCGGCAUUUUUCUGUUUCUGUUGGUAGCCGGUACAUUUUUGUAUUCGGUGGUGUAACAAUGUCUAUAAACUCUAAUCAUCGACAUCAUUCAUCAGAUCGUGUAAUUAUGAAUCAUUUACAAGAAACUAACCCUUCGUCAAACAGGCGGAAUUAUGUUUCCUCGCGAUUGUCAGCAUUCAACCCAGUAACUGAAUUAGAUAUUCCUACAUUGAAUUUUGAAAAAUCCAUCAUUCGAUAUGAUAUCUGUAGCGAUACAUGGCUUAAUGUAGGAGAAACGGAUAAUCCAAGACUAGAGUCACAUGUAGUCUUGAUUAAUGAAUCGAAUGAGAAUGCAAGUUUCAAUCUACAACCAUCUGAUGGAAUUCAUGAGACGGAUAGUGAACAAACUUCAUUGCGUUCAGAUUUAUCAGGUAUGGCAACUUGGACCGAUGAAUAUAUGUGUCUGGUCCUACGUUGCAGCUGACUGACUGGCCUAAUGUAGUUCCAUUUGGUUAAACAUAAAAUGGAGAGGAGGAAUGAUCCAGAACUGAAGUUAGAAUAACUAAAAACAGAAAGUGACCAAUGUUGUUUUUGUUACCAUUAUUAUUAUUGUGGUGACCACAAAGCACUUGAAUGAUUGUAGGUCAAGUCAAUGGAUAAGAAUGAAGUGGCUUUUUUUGUAGAUAUUGUUCUACAAAAUUAUCGUCAUCCAGGAAGACGUUUCAUGUGUUUUAAAAUACACUGGUCUCUAUGUUGUUACAUAGUUGUAUCAGUUGGUGUCUACAGUGAACAAGGGUAACAAAAAUACAGGAAUUUGAUGAAACGGUUCGAUUUUCAAUGUGUUGCUACAUUCUAGACUAAAUUAGAUGACUUCAAAAUUUAAAACAAAAUGCUAUAUAUAGAGACCUGUUUACAGUGAAAGCAAAUCUGAUGAUCUUAUUAAAGCCUAAUCGUAUGUGAUAUUACAGUUAAGGAUCUCUAGUUACAUAAGCCACUGUAGUUUCAUUCGUUUACGAUCUUUUUUACUUACAUGUAUUACAUGCAUAUAUGACAGAUGGGGUAUAAGUCAUUGUUUAGGGAAUGGAUCUUUACCCGUUAUAUCAUAAGUUUGAAAACUGGUUAAUACCGCAGUGUAUGAACUCGUGUAUCAUUGUUUGUUUAUAUGAACAAUACAAAGUGUAAGUUUAAAUCCAUAUUUUUAGAACAAUAGUCGGUUAGUAUCAUCAAGGUGCAUUCCGUAUAUGAUGUGGUUACCGUAUUCAUUGUGAAAUAAGUUAUUGAAUCUGAAUGUCAGCAUUUUUAGGAAAUAAAGUAGAAAAGUGAUACCAUUAUUUAUGUGUUUGUAGUGGCGAAAAGAAUUUGAUAAACGAUAUGAUCAAUAUAUCUUCAUAAUUGUAGGCUAAUGGCAUCAGUGUUUAGGUUUGGGAAUAUAUUUUUCCAUAUGUUAAUAGUGUUCAAUUCCGUUUUAACAGUUUAUUUAGUAGUUAUUCCGAUUUCUUAUAAUAUCAGAUAACACAUCAGUUUCAGAAAAUAAUAUUACCAACAACAGUAAUGGUACUAAUCAAACCAAUAAAACCCGUCGAAGAAAUAAUUCUAUGAAUGUAAAUUUUGAACGUGUUUUUGUUGAAGUCGGUGGAAUAACUGAAACACAACCACAUGGUACGGAUCAGGUUGCUUUCUAUCGUUUACGUCCUGAUUAUACAGUAUUUUGCACCGCGGAUUACAUAAAACUCCCACAACAAGUUCGCUAUGUGAACUGUUGUGUGCAUCAAGAUACCAACCUGGUGUAUAUAUUUUGGGAAUCAACAAGUGAAUUGUCAGUUUUGGAUCUUCGUCGUCACACACUACGCUCACUAGCUCCCUUGGUUUCUUCCUCCACUUCAUCUCCAAACGAAGCGCGGAUAUAUGCUGGGUUAUCGUGGGUCGGAGAGCAUUUAUAUGUGGUUGGAGGAUUUAGUGAGUUUGUUGGUGAUGAUCGACGUCCUACUGUUCCACGAGAUGAUGUCCACUGUUAUGAUCCGACGACGAACACAUGGUCCUGCAUUAAAGUUCUAAAUACAACAGUCCCUCGAGCUAUCUUCGGUUGUGUUUGUCUCAAUAUGUGAUACACCAAUAUUAGGGUUGUACGAACUUCCAUAUCCUAUAUAUAUAUACAUCAUAACAAGAAAUAUGUUUAUUUGUAUACCUAUUACUAUUUUAAUGUGAUACUUCCUAAUCGUAGGACCUAAAUAUAAGGAUAUUUUCUGUUCACUUAUUUUCAUUUGUGAUUUUUCUUCCUUUGAAUUUUAACUGUGUCCAUAAUGCGACGACAUAUAUUUGCUCUUUAACUUGCCAAAUUAUUUCCUCAUUUUAAUUGUCCCGCUGGUUCGGGUCGUACAUUUCUUCUAUGAGAUAUCACUUAGGUAUUAUAAUCAUCAGAGUGUUAUCCAUAAAAAUGCAUUUAUACUGUUGUCAAGUUAAUUUCGUUGUUUUUCAUUUAUCUAAUAAUGGAAGCAUCUAUGUACGUCUUGUCAGAUUAUUUAUUUAUGGUAUAAGACUCAAUAGUUUUCUUUGGGAAUUACCUUAUUUUGUAGUUAUUUAAUGAUGCAUGGCACUAUCAUUCCUAUAAUUGUCUGCUCAUAGUUUGGAGCAGUAGAAUUGCGGCUAAUUGGUCAAAAUAUUUGACUUUCAAUAUCCAGGUAGAAGGUUCAGACCUCACCCCAUCUACCUUGGUUUCAGCACUAGAUUUUAUCAUUGCCUCUCAUGCUUAAAACGUGACUCAUAUCCAAAUAUAUAAAGUUGACUCAGUGAACUACUUUACUAUUUAUAUUAUCCUGAGAGACUAAUAGUGAUACGAAUCAAUAUUUCCGUUCUGAUUGAGUUCACGCUAGUUUUGAGCGACACUCAUAACUGGUGAAAUGCAGCCAUUGAUUUUAGUAUCUAGCUACCUGAUUUGUUCGAUAUUUUAAUGGGUAGAAGACUAAGGAGAUAUGAUUCAUUUAAAAUUUCACAUCACGUAACUAGGAUUCGGAUUUCAUGUGUAAACAUUACAAGGGCUGUAGAUAUUAUAAGUUUUUAGCGGAUACUCAGGAUUGGUAUUUCCAAAGAUGUAUAAUCUUAAAUUACAUGAAGUAACGGCCCCUAACGUCUCAGGUAGUUGUGCGGUUUGGGAGUAUUUUACCGUUUGAACAAAUUCCCUACUAGUAUAACACUGAAUUACUGCCUAAUAUUAUUACCUUUAAGUAAGUCUAGUACCAAAAAUGGUUUCCGUCCUACGAACUGCCUGAAGCUAUAUUCGAAUGAACUGAUUCUACGUUGUAGAUGUUCGAAAUCCCAUAGUCGUGGCCAGUUGUUUCAAACUGCAUAUAGGAUUUCAAAUUCAAGGUGAUAUCAGUCGUAUAUAUGGCAGAUAGUAGUCUUAUAUCAUAGUCGCUUGGUUUUCUACUACAGAGAACAGAAACAAACCAAGGAUGAAGUAUUGGAAUGUAUCCUAGGAGAAAACAAGUAAGGUAUUGCUGGUAACUUUGAAACACUGCUUAGCCCUCAAGAAGAGAUUCCGCAUAUUUCACAAGAUCCAGUAUAAGUAUACACUCACUAAAAGCCAUUGACAUGAGUUUAUAUUGUCCUUUUUUACCCUUGCAUCAAACAUUCAAGUUGAUGGUGGUUCGGAAUGACACAAUCUAACCUCUUGUGGCCCGUGUAUGUUUACAACAUGCCGUACAAAAGUAAUUGUUGCCUGGUCUUAAAAACAUUCGCUUGAUAAUUGCAGUCGUAGGGCAAGUAGCUUUCAAACUUCGAAGAAUAUGAGGAUUAUCAACGCAACCCCAGGAAGUGGCUAAUUCCGUUGUUUUCAAACUCCGGUUCGGUAUGAUGUCUGUACAGACUCUUAAAGCUGUUAUUUAAGAUAAUUAAUCUGUGUUCGUCACAAAAGUAUCGCUUCUUUACGAAGUUAGCCUGAGACUUUAUAGACCAUCUGAUACCUUGAUCAGUCUAGUCAGUGUUUCGUCAAAACUUGUAUCCGCUUCAUUCAAGGUCGAUUACCAUUAGGGCCGAAUUUCGGAAGCUGGUGUUGACACCACAUCCAGAUCUCGGCUAUAUGAGCGUAAGAAGCAGUUGGUAACUGUGGGUAUUACUUAUUGUCUUGUCAACUACCUAUCUUGAAAACCAACUGUAGACUCAUCUUUCUCUGGGAUAUUUUUUAUGUAUACGGCAGUUUGUGUGCAUCUAAACAGCUGAUGCUUUUCUAUCACUGCUCGCAACCAUCAAGGUUUACAUUACAGCUGACUUCACUUAGGGUCAACCAUAAAGUCGCAUCCACUCGUUAGUUCAGAUGAAGCUUAGUAUAGCAUGUGAACCACUGGUGCAAUUUGAUAACAGACUGGGUUGUUAACAGAUAAGCAUUCAAUGAGUCUAUAUAUAUAUAUACAGUGGACCCAAAAAAAACAGGUUUCCCCGGUUUACACAUUAUGUAAACAAAAGAUACCAUAGUCCUUCAUUUCUUGGAACCCUCGAGGUGCAUUCACUUGUUUCAAUCCAAUACCCGACCAGACCACAUUCGUAGACUAAGAAAUGACCAGUGGUUCGCUGCUAUAAUGGAUAAUAUCGACCUAUACAUGACCGUUGUUGAUUUAUGACAGAAUUCCUAAGCCAUGUGCCUCAGUGUUUUAAACUGCUCUUAGUAAAAAUGACUACUGUCAGGAAAAAUUUCAACAAGCCAUUGCAAUCACUUAUUCACCAGACGCCUACAAAACAUCUCUAUAUCCUUUCAGUUUCCCGAAUUGAGCAAUGUUUAUGUGAGUGUUUGACAACUGUGAUUAGGAGUCCAAAUCAUCUGCGUCCCAACCGUGAUAUAUGUAAUAAGAAUAAACAGAUAUAAACCGGUGUUCUUAUUUCCGCCAUGUUCAUACUGAGCGAUCUAUUAAUGUAGUAUGGUUAACUAACAGAUGAGACGUAGUGGAUUCGGUAUUCCUCCUUAAAAUUUCUGAAAUACCUAAACUCACAAGUUUAAACGGUCAACGUUCUCUAACCCAGAGUUCUUAGUACGAUGAAAGAACAUCGUCUGAAACAGUAGGGUGAAGGGAACAUCUUGCUGUCGUUAUAUGUAAGGAAAACAUAUAACUGUGUCUAAACCAUUUUGCUGUGGCCCGACUACUCAUUCGCUGAAAAAGAAUUUCUUUUUGUAAGCAUCUCUAAGGCUUAUUGGUUUUGUUACUUUGGGCUUAGUUGAAGUGGAUCCCGAGUACCCUUCUGAAAGCAUAUCUUGUUCUUAACAAAUGAAUCUCCAAUUCCUAAUUCUGACAAACCUAUUUUACGAAGAUGAAACGAUUGUAAAAUAGAACCAAGUUUUCAGGACAAUCCCUGAGUACUUUAUUUGUGUCUAUUAAAUAAAGAAAUAUAAUUUAGAGCACUAAGUUUUUCGUAUAUAUAUCAUUGCAUCGGUCGCUAAACAAAUGCGGGACUAGAAACAGGAGUUUCAAAAUGGGUCCAGGUUGUCAUAGGAAAAAAGUUUGUACACUUCGUGUACACAGUUGCUUUCAAAUAACUAUUAGGAAUUGGUUUCAUGAAAAAAUGGCGAAACAGUUAGUUAGUUACUUUGUACUUAUUAAUAUUGAAAGAUAUCAUCAAUAUCUGAUGAAUCAAUUUACGUACACUGAUACCAUAAUAAGAAUAUGACAACAAUGUUCACAUAAGAUGCAGUAUUGAGUAAGUUUUGAUUGGAAUAAUACACAAAAAAGUAAAAAAGCAAAUAAAUCAACAAGUUGGAUGAAUUCCCAGAGUAACCUCUGAGAAGUGACGGAUAAAAUAAAGAUUAGCUACAUAAUUAAAUGAAUGUGCAAGACAGAAACAAAACAGUAACUGAGGGCUGUAUAUCACGCCUGUGUUCUGUAGUGAGCGUUUCCUAAAGAAAAAAACACCAUGACGUUACUCCAAGGCAGAGUACAUAAUGACCUGCUUUAAAACUUUGGUUUGACUUGUCUCACGGAUUUCUCCGGCCAGAAACAUUUCAUCAACAACGCUGUAAACUUUAUAGAAGUUAAAGACGAGGUCCAAUUCACAAACAUUGUGAAACAGUUCAUUCAAGACUUCUACAAAAUUAUGGAUCGCUUCUAGGUAUGCGAGACUAUUGUCCAUUAGGUCUAUACACAUACAAAAGUACAAGCCAGCAUAACGACGAUAAACUAUCUUGAAAUUUCGAAAUUCAACAAAGUUAGUAUGCUUGGCAUCUCGUACAGUGACUAAGGCAUGAACUUCUUCAAUUAGUUUUUGUUUCUCCUCAUCAUCAAGAUUCAUAUACCAUUUAGCCAAGCGAGUUUUGCCGGCUCUAUUUUGUAUAAGAAUAAACCUAAUCAUCAGCACUGUCCUUGAAAACAAAAGUGGCUCUCAAUAGUCUUUCGGCACCUUGAAACAAUAUAAAAUGAUUCAAAUGAUUAUAGACUUCCGCCAAUGUUUG